UAACUGUAUCAAAAACAUGAUUAAAGUUUCAUCAGUCUCGUGACAUGUCUUGACAGAUCAAAAUGCCAAAAACAUGAGCUCAGGAUUUUGGGAACGGCAACGGAAGUUUAGCACUUGUCAGAAGGUAAAACGCAUUGAAGUCGGAAUGUGGGCGGCUCUUGAAGGGUGUUUUAGUUAAAUGUGACAAACUGACUUCCUAGUCAGUUAUGAAAUCAAGGUGUUGUUGGAAGACACACAUGUCAAGACUAGAGCAGUCUAAGAAGUAAAACAGUAUACCAGGAAAAAACAACUUAAAAUCAAUGAACCUCUAUAGGAGUUUUGGGAAUCUCUUUGAGAACUGGGUGACAGAAGGCAGCCUGGAUUUACACUCUGGUGUGGAUGGAUACGACUUAACUGGAAGUAAUUCUGUAUCAAGGAAUUUAGUAUCACUUUCAAGUGUAAAAUCCGUAUCGGAGGACUCUGGAUUUGAAACGGUCAGUACGACAAGUCCCUGCCAUUCUCAUCAAGAAUCUCUCCUCGCAAAUUCAGGGAUUGUCUCUCUGGAAGAUGAUGUUCAACCAGCUCCUUCUGUUUGCUCCUCUUCAUCCUCAUCUGUCUCCCUUGGCUCUGUGGCUCCAAGAAACACAUCUCUGUAUGUAGAAGAAGCUUUGAGACGGUCAGAACAAACCUCACAAUAUUUCACAAGCAAAGGACCCCUGCACCAGAUAGAUAACUGUCUCCCUAGUCUACUGUACCGUUGUCACACUGUCCCUCACCCUAGCGGUCACACAACCAACUCCAGAGAACAUCAUGGGUUCAGUCGUCCGAGGAGAACUAAUUCAGAACGUCCAGAUCACAAGAAAGCAGAGCUGUACAGAAGACGUAUAUCAAACCAGUAUGGCCAACCAGUAGUGAGCCAGGUGGAGUUUGAGGAGGGAGAGCAAAGGAGAUCAGACAAGCUUUCUCCAGGGCUACUUUACCUGGAGCAGGUCUGCAGGAUGCUGGAAAACAUUGCAACACUACAGCAGCAAAAUCACAGCCUACAAAAGGAACUGGAGAUCCUUAAGAGUCAACAUGUUGAAACAGAUUCUGCAUGCUCGAAGGAGAGUAAAAUGAGACAAAGAUUAGAGAUUCUGGCUCAUGAAGAUUCAAGCAGCCUAUCGACUCUCUCAGAGGAACCUGUGGCAUUUCGUUACAGAUCUGCGUCUGAUACUCGGGCAUCUAUAGGGCGUAACAGGAGGGCAAGGUUUGCUCAAGAUGAAUCUUUUGCAGGUGUUGUAUUCGAGGAACCCGACAGUAACAUUUCUUCACCAGGACAUGAUACUAAAAAGCCAAGUAAGAUCCAGAAGCUAAAAUUUACUUCAUUUAGAAAACAAGAAACACAAAAGCCUCACCUCGAAAGCAACAGCGAUCAGCAUAAGAAGAAAACAAAACUGCCGAGCAUUUUCAAUAGAAGGAGGACAACACGGUUAUGACAUUCAUGUUAUAUUGUAGCCCUCUAAAGCGCUUUAACAUUGAGAUGCACACCUUUCAAAAUUCAAUUGUACAGUAAUACAGAUUGUGUUGGGUAGUUACGGCCCACCGGUUUUAUCACAGUUUACUGUAAUUAUGUUACUGUGUGUGUUUACUACAUGUAUGUACUGAUGUAAGUGUAAUUGUAACCCUGCCUGUGAAAACCCAGCUAAAGUCAAGUUUUUGUGAUUUACUAUAUGUUCUCGAUAAAAUCAUCCUACUUAAUGUAUGAAAAAAUAACUUUGAUGUCAUUAUUAUUGACCGAGUAAGGUCAUGUCCAAGAUUGAAAUCAAUGUACAGUAAAAUCAAUGACUGAAAUUAAACUUUGAUGCUCUUAUAAUUUAGCCUGGAUUUCACAGAAAAAUUCCCUGGAGCUGCUUGUAAAUAUACUAAGGGGUUUAUUUUAUCAAAAUGACUGUCUGACUGUACAUUAUCCCACUUUCUAUUCAACUAUAUGGCAAAUAUGUAAAUAAAUGGAUGUGAAAUACUGA